AAAACCAAUUUCUUGUUUGUUAGUCGGAAAAUGAUCGAUGCAAAUUCUGUUCAUCAACACUUCAUAUAGAAAAUUAUGGAUUUAGGCGAUAUAGGAUGCGAUAAGAGGAGAUCAGAAAGAAAAGAAAAGAAAAGUGUUUAAUAGGUAUAAUGAAUGAAAUAGUGGUAAAUGUGUAUGAUUAUGCUGCUAAUUUACUUGCUUCUCAACACUCUGUCACUGUUAUGUGAGAUCAAAAGGCUAUCUUUCCUGUUUCUUGCACAGUAUCGGACGCUGCCCAUGUCUACUUCUGUAAAAUCCCGAGAUGUUUGUAUUGUUGGCGUUGCUCGGACGCCAAUGGGCGGUUUGCUUGGCUCCCUAUCAUCUCUUUCUGCAACAGAGUUAGGCUCAAUUGUUAUUAAGAAUGCUCUCAAAAGAGCAAAUGUUGAUCCUUCGCUUGUGCAAGAGGUGUUCUUUGGGAAUGUUCUUAGUGCAAAUUUAGGGCAGGCUCCUGCAAGACAGGCUGCACUAGGUGCAGGAAUACCAACAUCUGUAGUCUGCACCACUAUUAACAAGGUGUGUGCAUCAGGGAUGAAAGCUACCAUGCUUGCAGCACUGACCAUACAAUUCGGUCUCAACGAUAUUGUUGUGGCUGGUGGCAUGGAAAGCAUGUCAAAUUCACCUAAGUACCUUGCCGCAGCCAGGAAAGGAUCUCGGUAUGGACACGAUACUAUCAUAGAUGGUAUGGUCAAAGAUGGCCUUUGGGAUGUCUAUAAUGACUUUGGAAUGGGAGCUUGUGCCGAACUAUGUGCAGAUCAACAUGUCAUAACAAGAGAUGAGCAGGACUCUUAUGCUAUUCAAAGCUUUGAGAGAGGAAUAUCUGCACAAAAGGCUGGUCAUUUUGCUUGGGAGAUAGUUCCGGUUGAGGUUUCCAGUGGAAGAGGGAAGCCUUCCACGCUUGUUGAUAGAGAUGAAGGUUUGGGAAAGUUUGAUGCUGCAAAAUUAAGGAAGCUUCGACCGAGCUUUAAACCGGUUGGGGGUUCUGUGACUGCUGGCAAUGCAUCUAGCAUAAGUGAUGGUGCUGCUGCAUUAGUUUUGGUGAGUGGAGAGAAGGCACUUGAGCUUGGAUUGCACGUAAUUGCAAAGAUAAAAGGAUAUGGGGAUGCAGCUAAGGCACCCGAAUUAUUUACAACUGCUCCUGCCCUUGCAAUACCAAAAGCCAUAUCAAAUGCUGGCCUUGAGGCUUCUCAAAUAGAUUACUAUGAAAUAAAUGAAGCUUUUUCUGUUGUGGCUCUUGCAAAUCAGAAGCUUCUUGGUCUUAAUCCUGAAAAAGUUAAUGCACAUGGUGGAGCUGUAUCAUUGGGUCAUCCCUUGGGUUGCAGUGGAGCUCGAAUCUUAGUCACAUUAUUAGGGGUAUUGAGACAGAAGAGAGGGAAGUAUGGUGUUGCCGCCAUCUGCAAUGGGGGAGGAGGAGCAUCUGCUCUUGUCCUUGAGCUCAUGCCAGUUGCUGUGGGACGUUCUUUAUUAUGACAACAAUCUCCUUGCAUCUUACUACUUUGCAACACCAAUACACCUAUUUUCUCUUGAAAAGGAUAAAAUAUGUAAUAAGCUUGGUCAAUGGAAGGAACGGUUUCGUUUCAGUGUAA